UUAAUAUGGACUCUCUUCAUGUUCCCCACCCCUAUCCCCCUCUCAUCUUUGUCUUAUCUUUCAAUGAUUGGGCACACAUCGUAUGGGCCUCCACGUAUGAUAAGGAGUUAUUGCCGCAGAUGACUAAGGCGUAUGUGUUAGCAGCUUUUGACAUGAAGGAGGAUGACUGGUUACUUGACGCUUCGAUUAGGGACGAGAUCAUGAUGAAGGAGAAAGUCUUCAUUGAUCUGUGGAAUACUACCUCCGAAUUUCAUUUUGAUCUUGUCCAUCCUGCCGCAUUAGAUCCUGGUGCGUCUGAACCGGAAUCUGAUGAUGAUCUUCUCCUCACGGAAGAGGAGAGAGCCUUCCAUGAGAAAUUUUUGGCUGAUUCUAGCGCCCAGUUGGCUGUUGGCUUGGCAAAGGAGAAGACCAAGGACGUCAACAAGUUUCUCAGGAAUGCUUUCCUUCCUAUUGCACCGCAUAGAUGGAUAGAAUCGGAGGCUAAGGCACUCAAAGACAAGAUCUGGGACUUUGAUACUUUCAAUCAUUUAGCUCCGAUUAUCGUUAAUGCUUACAGAUUCCUGACUUCUCUCACCCUGGAAGAACUGGAAACCGGCCAUGGGAGGGCUCUGGAUGAGAAUUCUGAGUUGAUUUAGGGCCCAUACCCUCGAACUGCGGAGACAAUGAAAAUCCCUGUUGUCG